UGUGACGUGUUUUUGACCCGAAUCGCCUCGAGAGUCAAACCAGAGUAGCUCGAGCUCCUGACCCGGUUAACCGAGGCCACCCCCGCAGACAUGUCCACGGACCCAGAGCUGUACGACUGCAUCGUGAUCGGAGCCGGGGUCCAGGGCUCCUUCACGGCCUACAGUCUGGCCAAGAGGGGCAAGAGGACUCUGCUUCUGGAGCAGUUCGUCCUCCCGCACACUAGGGGGAGCUCUCAUGGACAGACGCGGAUCAUCAGAAAAGCCUAUCCGGAGGACUUCUACGCUCACAUGAUGGAGGAGAGCUACCAGCUGUGGGCGGAGGUCGAGAAGGAGGCCGGGGUCAAACUCUACAGGCAGACUGGUCUCCUGGUGAUGGGUCCAGAGAACAGCGACAGUUACCUGAAGAUAAAGGACACGCUGCUCUGGUCCAAAACCCCCACCGUGAGCCUCUCUCCGGGGGAAUUCAACUCCCACAUCCCCAACAUGAAGCUGGCUCCUGGAGACGCGGCCAUCGUGGACGUGAACGCGGGGGUGCUGUACGCUGACAGAGCUCUGAAGACCGCACAGGACCAGUUUAAGAAGUUCGGCGGCGUCCUCAGAGACCAGGAGAAGGUCGUGGACAUUAAUCCGGGUCCCAUCGUCACGGUAACGACCUCUGCCAAAUCGUAUCGAGCGAAGAGCGUGGUGAUCACCGCGGGACCCUGGGCCAACCGCGUGCUGGCCUCCACUGGACUGCAGCUCCCCCUAAAGGUGGUGAGGAUAAACGUGUGUUAUUGGAAAGAGAAGACCCCCGGAUCGUACCACGUGAAGAACCGGUUCCCCUGUUUCCUGCUGACGGAGGGAGAGGAGUCCCAGGUGCACAUCUACGGUCUGCCCUCCAACGAGUAUCCAGGACUGGUCAAGAUCUGCCUCCACACGGGGAGCCCCACAGACCCGGACCACAGGGACCGACAGACCGACCGCUCAGACGUGGACAUCCUCCGCAGAUACGUGUCCCGCUCCAUCCCGGGACUGGAGCCGGAGCCCGCCAUCGUCGAGAGCUGCAUGUAUACGAUGACUCCAGACGAUCACUUCGUCCUCGACGUUCAUCCUCAGCACAGAAACAUUGUGAUUGGAGCUGGAUUCUCGGGUCACGGGUUCAAAUUUGGACCAAUCAUUGGGAAGAUUCUGUGUGAGCUGAGUCUGGGGGAGGUACCGACCUACGACCUUUCACCUUUUAGGAUUCGCCGUUUCCAGGGACAGUCCAAAUCCGCUCUGUGAACAACGACGUGACGCCAACAUGGAGGAAGUGUUUGAAACCAGACAAGACUAAUUUACACGUGAAGAGCCAGAGAUCGUUUAUAAUGAAAUAAAGUCAUUUUAAAUAGAUUUAACUUGAUUUACUUCUGUAUUUCAGACUAUUUUUCAUAUUAAAGGCGUAUUAUGUAACUUUUCUGGGCUCGCAGGAAGUUAGUUACCAUAGAAACAUUAUCGCUUGGACUGUAAUGUUCCAAAUUAUGGCAUUAAACUUAUUCACUUUCCAUGUUUUAUUGCUUUGUAAACGUUCAUUCUUACAGUGAUUGGGCUCGCCUCUCCGCAGAUCUGACCUGUAACUUGCCCGUGUAGAGUCAUAUUUUGUCUCCAUGGAGAUAGAUACGCUGAAUGUCAUAAUGCGGAACUUUUAAGUCGAAGCGUUAACAUCUCCAUAGAGACAAACAGGUUGCAAAGCGAGUCUCCGUCAGAAAAGUGACAAAGUGCAGCUUUAGUGUUCCCUAAUCGUGUUUAAAGGUGUUUUGAAAGUUCCGCAGUAUGGCAUUAGACUUACCUCUACCUACUUACAGUGAGAGUGAGGUCUCCUCUUCAGGGAUCUGACCUGUGACUCGGCCCGGUGGCGUCAGCUGCUUGUUUCCACGGUGACAGUCAAGUAAUGAAAUCUCAGUUUAAGGCAGCAGACCCAACACUAGAAAAGUUACACAGUGCAGCUUUAAGGAAAUUCAAAUAAAAACUAAAUAUAAAGGUUUACAAAUUUGACAUAUGAAUUGUAAUAUCUGUAAAACGUUUUAGCUUUUAAUCUUUUAAAUAUUGUAAAUGUGUAAAAUGU